UUGCAUAAUCCUUUCGCGGCUUUUCUUUUUUCGCAGAAAGUUUUUAGCUACUAUGGAUGUACAUUAAUGGAUCAUCAAACAUGUGAUGAAUUAUGCAAACAAGAUUCAUACUGGUAUGGACAUUGUGCAUCAUGGGACGGUCGUGAUUUCAGUUGCAAAUGUUACGACUAUAAGCCUCCGUUGGACAGUACAGUUUGCAAACCAAAGCAACAAUCCUGUAACGAAACUUGCAAAAAACAGGCUUGCAUUUGCUUGGGAAUUUUGAAAUCUUGGGAAAAAAAAAAUAAAUUCUGCCCACUAGCGGUAUCCGCUGUAAGUAAAGCUCAUAAAUAUUCGUUAUGA